AUGGAGGAUCGCAAGAAACUGAUUAGCCGAGCUCUUCUUCUUGUGAUGGGUAUAACAUUUGUGCUGUAUUACCAGAAAGAAGAUGAUUUAGACUAUUUUGUUUUACAUCAGUGUAAUGAGGAAACUGGACUAUGUUCUGGCAACUGUACUCUUGGCUGGGAUGGUCCUACUUGUUCCAGACGAAAUGUGGCAUUUAACCAAAGCACGACGCAGUCUUCGGAUUAUAGCGAGAAAGGGUUCAACUUCACAUCCGGACUCGCCGUUGAUGGUAGGACUGCACUUCAGUUACUGAGUGAACCGUACACAUGUACUCACACGACCAAUGAUCUACCCGCGUCCUGGACGGUGACACUGGAUGCACAGUACAACAUCUAUAGGUUCAGGAUAUAUAACAGGAAUGAUAGUGACUGUCCCGGUCCGUGUGGUAAACGACUUAACGGCUUCUCUCUGUCCGUUGGAAACUCCUCCCAGAGUUACAAAAUCUGUUACCAGGACAACACCACAGCCGGAAAAGGUCCCGGGGAUAUCAUCAACGGAGUUUGUAACGUCAGUGGUCCUGUGUUUGGGAACACUGUAAAUAUCUCGAUAAACACUUCCAAAUCACUCACUCUGUGUGAAGUACAGAUUUUUGUAUGUGCCCCAGGGACGUAUGGACCAGAGUGUGGGAGAAGAUGUGGGAACUGUGCUCAGGGACCGUCUGCAUGUAACACAACAUCCGGGCACUGUCCACAGAGAACACCCAGGUGUAUGGAGGGAUACUCUGGUCUGAAAUGUGACACAGAAUGUAGAAACAACACGUGGGGGAAAGAUUGCCAAGAGACAUGUGGAAACUGUUACAACAAAACUGAGUGUAACGCUGUCACUGGUGAAUGCCCUCUAGCGACGGGGAAUCCCCGGUGUGACCUAGGAUAUACCGGAACUGAUUGUGUAAAAGAAGCACAAAUAUCACCUGGCCGUAAGGUUGACCCUGCAUACAUAGGCGGUGGAGUGGCUGCAGCUGUCGUGUUGAUCACUAUAGUUGUUGUUGUUGUCAUGGUCACAGUUAGUUAG